AUGUUAUCCACCACUCGCUCAUCAGCUCGCCGGGCAUCAGCCCGCCGGCUACAAUGCCUUUCUCGCUCAUUAACCACUGACUCCACUACUUCUCAAACUGUCCUCACUCCACCGCUUCCCCUCUCAAAGCCAGAGACGAGCAAGCCUCGUCAGUCACGAUUACAUCCGCGCCCGCGUCCAGCCGUUCCCCAUCAACGACAAGCGCUCCCAACUCUUCCUCCAAGCUUCGGGCGGAAUCAAGUCCUACCAGUGCCAGACUCCACUCGCGCCCUUCUGGAAGACAUCGUAGGAUCAUUUGAAGCGCCCAUUCGAUAUGCAUUUGCAUAUGGAUCUGGCGUUUUUGACCAAGCUGGGUACGAGAAGCAGAGGGAUAAGGAAGAUAGGCCGAUGUUGGACUUCAUAUUCGCGGUCACACAUUCGGAUCACUGGCACUCAAUAAACAUGCAACAGCAUCCCGGUCAUUAUCCCCUGCAUGCACGCGUACUAGGGUCGUCGUUUGUCUCCAAAACGCAAGAGUUUAGCCCUGGACUUUGGUUCAAUACUUUUGUGCCGAUGAAGGGGGUCAAUAUCAAGUAUGGGGUAACGACCGUCGAUACGCUAUGCGCUGAUCUGCUUAACUGGCGCACACUCUAUCUCGCUGGGAGAAUGCACAAGCCUCUACGGAUCAUCAAAGACGACGCACGUGUACGACUGACUCAGCAAGUCAACCUCACCUCUGCGCUUCGCACCGCCCUUCUCAUGCUCCCGGAAUCAUUCACUCAACGCGAGCUAUUCUCAGCUAUAGCAGGAAUAAGUUACUCUGGUGACCCUCGGAUGGUGCUCCCAGCUGAGAAUCGAGGAAAGGUGGAGAAUAUGGUUUCUCGUCAGGAAGACCAGUUUCGGGAGUUGUAUUGGAGGCUUGCGCAGGGCCUUCCUGGGGUCCGGUGGGCGGCGGGUUCUAAGAGCGUGGAACAGGAUACCAGUCCGCAUGCGAGAGCAGCGCACCUGAAGAAAUUGCCGGAGGAGCUCUUGAAGCACGUUCAUCGGCGUGCCGAGGGGCGUGGUCCGCCUAGAGAGGCGGAUGAGAGUGCUUAUUGGCUUCGUGUCGCAGGCGACAAGGAUCUCCCCUCGAUUCUUGACUCUGAAAUAACCAAGAUCGUGCGGUACCCAGCAACUGUCCAGUCACUGAAGGGCUUAGUAAGCGCCGGUGUGGCUAAGAGUGCGCGCUACUCUGUAGCCAAGGUCAGCAAGUGGUGGAAAGGAACCUCUUUUUUGAGUUCGUCAUAG